AGUGAUAUAAGAAACGGAAUACUAUCUACUUCAGUAAACUUGUGUUUUGAAAGUAAUAUAUAACGAAAAACUGAAGAAGUUGUAAACGAGUAGGGAAUAUGGUAGCGAAAAUAACGUUUUGUGCAAUUUAAUGGAUUAUAUGUGACAUGAUUCAUUCAUCAUCUGAUGUUAUGGGAGUGUGAUUUUUGCAAAGUGUGUAGUUCAUAAAUAGAUGUAUUUCUUCGAAAAAAUAUCAAAAAUUAUGGAAAUUAAUUUAAAGAUAAAAGUAUGGGCGCUUCUUUUAUUAAGCACAAUAAAGACUGUGAAUCUACAGAUUUUUGAUUGCCCGACUGACUGGUUCACGUCCAAUAAUAUCUGCUAUAAGUUUGUUUUUGAUCCCAAAGAAACAUACGAACAAGCCCGAGGACAGUGCUCGAUGCUUGGCACAAGUUUAUUGUCCGUGAAAUCCAGGACUGAACAUGAUUUCAUUGACGGCUGGUUACGAAAUAAUGAUUAUUUUAGGAACACGUGGUUUACGACUGGUCAGCGAAGUCGAGAGAAUCCCUCCAUGUACGCGUGGGACGGGGACUUUACUAACAAUCGUAUCCCCCUAGACAUGCAGUUCUGGCUCCCCAACGACCAGACCCACUUCACCCCCACCGCCCGGCAGGAGGACGUCAUUGUCUACAAGUUUGAUGGAAUUUCAUAUGCUUGGACAGUUGGUAGCAAAUUAGAUAAAAUGUCCUAUGUUUGUGAAAUAAGUCAAACAGAAGCGUACAAACUUACACAAGAAAAACGAGGGUUUGACUAUGGUGUUCCUUACAAUGAGAUGGACAAUGUCAGGAAAGGCCCAAAACUGGAGUUACAACCUGAAGACCUGUCCAUCAUUGGUCGGUCAAAGUUUGUCACCAUAGAAACGGUUGCUAUAGGAACACCACAACCAACAUAUGAAUGGAAACGAUUUCGUGGUUCCAAUUCCACCGUCAAUUCCAUGGAAGAUGCUGAAACAAUAUCUUCAAAAACGGAGUCCCGUUAUACGCUGACCAAUGGAAAAUUUACGAUAGAAAAUCCUGAUGAAAAUUCGGAUGCAGGGAUUUAUCAAUGUUUAGUGGAGAAUGAAGUGGGAAAAGUUCUCAGUAAUCCCGUCAAAAUCACUUUUGGAUUUUUGGGAGAAUUUUCAAAUGUCAAAGAUGCUGAUGUAAACGCCAACAUGUACGAUGGAGCAGUGAUGCAGUGCAGCAAUAUUGCAUUUAAACCAGCUGUCGUGUAUAACUGGCAAAGAGAACUCAGUGGCAGGCCUAAGAACAUCAUCCGAACUAUGACGCCUUACGUGUUCAUGUCUUACAAUGGGAACCUGUACUUUUCGGAAGUGACGGAGGUGGACGCUAAUAAUUACUACUGUCAGGUGACAUUGACCAGUCUAACUAGCGAAAAAGUCAGCGAUGUCCAGUCUGUCAGCAAAACCAGUCUCCCUAUCAGACUGAAUGUAUUGGCUCAAGCUGCAAAAACUGAGUGGGGUCCAGAAAUUCAAGAUGAUUUCAUCAAUGUUUUCCCUAAACCCCCACUAAAGGGACACAAUGUUCGCAUGGAAUGCUUUGCCUAUGGCUCAUCCAAUAACUACAUAGAAAUGUGGCGUUAUUGGUGGACAAGAGAAGGAAGGCCGAUGCCUGAGAAUGCAGAAAUGUCGGAUUUUAACCGCGUGUUGAUCAUUAAAAACGCCCGCUUAGAGGAUCAGGGGAACUAUGUGUGUCAUGUCAAGCGUGGACAUCAGGCGAGAGACAGCAAGGUUAUUGCUCUGCGACUGGAAGCGGUGCCUUAUUUCAUUAUUCCUCUUGAUGACCAGCACGUAGACAAGGGUUCCCAGCUGACCUGGAGAUGUGAAGCCAUGGGUUAUCCGCAACCUGCCUACACGUGGUUUAAAAACGGAGAAAUGCUUCAGUCCGGAAACAACGCAGAUUACGUCAUUUCCGGGAACGUACUGACAAUUCCUGUUUUGGAUGAGAAGCACAAUGGAAUGUACCAAUGUGCCGCUACCAAUGUUCACGGGACGGCCAUGUCUGCUGGCCAGCUGAGGGUUUUACAUUUUGCACCGAGUCUACAAAAACACCCCGUACAAUCACACAUGGUAGGGGCCUUAAAUGGGGAGAUCAUUAUUAUUUGUAAACCAGAGGCCGCUCCCUCACCAACUAUCACGUGGACUAAGAACAAUGUAAACCUUGUACCAGAUGGCACCAGGGUUAAAAUGAUGCCUAAUGGUAACCUACAGAUAAAGGACCUCACCUACGGGGACGCCGGAUUCUACACGUGCGUGGCCGAUAAUGGAAUUCAACCACCGGCUAAAAGCACAGGACAACUGGUUGUACAGUCGGCUACUGUGAUCACUAAUCCCCCCGUAACUGAUCCCGUUGUUGUUAACAGGACAACUUUUAUCCCCUGUAAGGCCUCUUAUGAUAUGAACCUUGACCUAGUCUACAUGUGGAACUUCAAUGGGAAACUUAUUGAUUUUGAGAGAGAAUUCCAUUACAGAUUGGACACCAGUCCAACCCAUUCAGGACUCAAUAUCAUCAUGACACAGUUUAAGCAUGCGGGGACUUACGAAUGUAUUGCCAAAACAACUCUAAACCAAGAUGCUAGGUCAACAAUGCUGGCAGUAUAUGGUCCUCCUGGAGAACCUGCCGGUGUGGUGGGGGUGGACGGGUCAGCCACGGAGACCACCAUUCAGUUGAUCUUCUUCCCAGGAGCGGAGCACGGUAGCCGCGUCUCUCAUUUUGUAGUCGAGAGGGAAAUAGAACACGAAAAAGGAUGGAAAUUGAUAGGUCAACAUUUCCCAGAACCAUUUACGAUUAUCCCUGGUGCCGUCGGUAUGCAGAGUGACAUGCGGCAGAUAAAGAUAGAAGGACUGCAUCCUGGAAAUGGUUAUAGGUUUAGGGUUGCGGGCGUCAACCAGUACGGAGUCGGCACAUGGAGCGUAGCUUCACCAUUUAUUGAAACCGACAUUGCGGCGCCAGACGUGGCCGUCGAUGCGGAGUACAUAGUAGGAGGGAAUGGCAGUGUGGGGGAUCUCAGCAUCAUCUGGAAGAGAAUGGAGCCUGAGUUCCACGGAGCCCCGGGCUUUGGUUACAUCGUGUACUGGAGAAGAUACAAACCCGAAAGCAUCUACGACUCUCUAUGGCGCAAAUCGGGGCCAUUCCAAGAUUGGACCAAAGAGAGAAUGACUGUACAAGUCGGCGAGGACAACUACUAUUUAGAGUACGAGAUUAAAAUUCAGGUGUAUAACUCUGAAGGAAAGGGACCUAACUCCACCGAGGCAGUGGUGUACUCUGCGGAAGGAAUGCCUAUAGCUGCUCCUCAGGGAUUAUACUGUGAUGCCUAUAACUCCACCGCUAUGUUAGUUACCUGGGAACCUGUGGAAGACACCCGAGAGACCAUGAAAGGCAGAGUGUGGGGAUAUCAAGUUAAUUACUGGUUAGAUGGGGAUGACGAGCCUGUGUAUAAACGUUACAUCCGGUAUCAGGGCCAGAUCUCGGAGGCCGUGGCUAUAGGACUGUUCCCGGACACUAACUUUUGGUUUGAGGUACAGGUGUUCAAUACAGCUGGUCUGGGACCCCUCAGCGAAAAAUUCAUCCAGGAAACGCUUCACGAAGUACCUAAGCUUUACCCCCAGGAGGUAUACGUCCAUUCUCUCAGUUCUUCCAGUGUCCGAGUCACGUGGAGAGGAAUCAGUACCACAAGGGAGGAGGAGACCUUAUCUGGGUACAUGGUGUAUUUCUGGAAAGCCAACGAUCAUUUUAGAAAUGCCGAACAGUAUGAGACUGCCAAAUUCGCCAUUCAGCACGAUAUUUAUGGAAUUCAGAAAGGCGUGGUUUAUGCCGUAAGAGUAGCGGGGUGCAGCGACGGUGGGGAGGGGCGAAAGUCCCCCACAGUGUACUUUACUUUAGGAGGAAUGAUUCGUCUGGAUAACACCACUACUAGUUUGAAGUACGAGGGAAUUGAUAGCUUCGGACAUCAACUCAAACAGUCUCAAACCAGUGUCCUUUUUAUGACUCUAUUCGCCUUAUUAACAUCGUUCUUGAUUACCGUCUGCUAAUCCUCACGCGGGAUUACCCUUUUCAUGUGCAAAUAUCCGCCAGAAAUUCUAUAUCAAGUGCAUAUGUUUUACCUUUCGUGUUCAUCAUCAUUGAGUGCUGAAUGUCUAUAACAUUUUUUUUUAUUGAUGUAUGUAAUGAAGUGUGUGAGCGGUCCAUUUCUAUAAGGUAUUCACCCAGAGAGCUUGUUUUGAAAUAAGGGAGAAGUUUGAGUUUAAUUUUGUGCAAGUCGGAAAAGGUUAUUCAUCGGUCAAUACAUCCAUAAUAGACACAAAAAUUGACGUAUAAGUCUAGGGUAUAAAUUUCCUAGUUUAUUCAACUUUCUUAUCAGGAAAGGUGCGUUACUUUAAAAAAAAUCAAGCCAGACUUUAAAAAUUUCUUGUGAUUCAGUAAGAUAUAUAUUGGAUUUCACUUUUGUAAUAAUAAAAAAAAAUCGGAUUUUUUUCUUGCAGUUGUUAACACUAAAGUGUUAUACUUUGAUAGGAUUUUGAUUCAGUUAAAGUGUUUUAAAAGUUCCUUUUCAGUUCUUUUUCUUUUUCCUAUAUCUCUGGAUAAAUGGUCAUUGAAUGGUUUGAACGACAUGUAUGUAUGCGGGGAGAUUGGUUUAGACUGUGUUUGUAAUAUGUAUAGGAGUUUUAUAC